AUGGACGAUAAACUUGACGAAAAUACCAUGGAUCAUGAGGAGAGCUACCCAAGAAUUGAUGUGCCGAGGAGCCGAUAUCCUUAUUGCAUUGUGUGGACACCAAUCCCUGUAUUGACGUGAGUAGUAGUUAUUAAAGCUGUCAUUCGGAUUGAAAUUUUUCAGUUGAAAUGAUAUCCUUACCAUUUAUGUUAAUCUUGUUUGUAGAUGGCUUUUUCCUUUUAUUGGUCAUAUGGGAAUUGCAAUGUCCUCAGGAGUGAUCAGAGACUUCGCUGGUCCUUUCUAUGUUUCGGUAAGGAUCCUCGAUCCCACCGUACCUUCAUCCGAUCAUGACAUGUAUAUCAGCUUAAGCCUCGUUUUCGCUAGCGCAUAAACGUUCUUCUAGUGCUUAUGCGUAUGCUUAUGUGGUAGCUUUGACUAGUGAGAACGGGGUCGACAUGAGCACAAGCAUAAGCACUAGACAUCGUCUUCGUCAGCCAUCUUGUUUAUCAUCGAGUUAAGGAACUGGUAGCUUGUGUGCAUUUCUUUUGUCUGCUAUUAUGAACUUAACCUUCAUGUCCAAUACUCACCACUUGUUCAAGUCAUAAACCUUAAGAUUGAAGUGGCGAAGUUGGGCGACAAUUUAUCGGUUCCAUUGCUGAAUGUGAUAGAUGGACCUUUGAGUCAAAGAGUGGUACAGUAAAAACACGCAUGUAAGAACCUACAUUUUUCCAAGUUUGGCAAAACAGGUUCUUAUAUUUGGGGGUAGUUAUUGGCAAUUUAGGCUAAAGCAUGUUCUUAAUAAGUUCUUAAGUUUUCAGUAGAAACCAUUCCUGUACAAGCAGAAAAAAUAGGUUUAGUCCUUUAUGAUACAGCAUUUAUUUAUAACUGUCUUGUCAUGAGCCUUGUGCAAGAGUAACUAAACAAUUAUAUACACCAGAAACAAAGUAUCUUUUCAGAAAUAUUUGCAUACAAAAUAAAAUAUUAAAUGGAAUAAGCAAAAAAUGCAAAUGGCUGAACUUUAAGGAACACAAGGUCCAAAGAAAACAAACAACAAACAAUUACACACUUCACUUCACAAAGUCACCAAAGUUAUACUUCUUAGUUAAAACUGCUUAUGAAAAUAUCCCAUAACUCACAUAUAAGAACAUAAUAAAUUUUGCUUGGCUAAAAAGGUUCUUAUAUUUUGGGGUAUGAAAGUGGGAAAGUUCUGCCAGCAGGUUCUUAAACCGCUAGGUUCUUACAUGCAGGUUUUUACUGUACUGAUAAAGCUGCAUCUUUGAGAGCAAAGAGAAGGGUUACAACUUUUGUUGUUUGGUGUUGUUGGUUGCCCUCUAGUAUAGGUAAUGCAAGAACAAUGAACAAGAACACAUAGGGCGUGAUCUCUACCUUUUUUGAUAGAUUAUUUUGUUGAAUAGUUUAAAAAUGAACAAACAUCAAUAAGGAAGUUUGAAAAAAUGUAUACUAAUUUUAUAUAACUCAAACAUUCCGCCAGCUUUUUUGUUUCCGUUUUUGUUAUUUCUAUUCUACCCUCGAUAACUUGAACAAUGUUUUAAGCACAUGGCAAGUCAGAAAAAAAAACGGUGUAUCACUGUACAAGAGUAUGAAGUUCUGAGUUUAUUUUAAAACAACCGUGUCAAUUCUUUGUUAUCACUUUUUUCGUCACUGCAGUUCAAAUUCAAUGUCCAUCCUUGUAAAGUGUGCAUGAUACUUACAUUCCCUCCUCAUCUUUUUGCUUAUUUGCUUUGAACUCCUGAUAACUGAUCCUUUGUCUAGAAGGUUAAGUUACCGGGAGUGGACUGUAUUAUCAUUUUUUCAGUCCACAUUGCAUUAUUUUGUUUACUAUGUGAAUUGACCAUUUUCCAUGCAUAGGUCUAAUAAUAUUAAAAAUGUUAGUGAAGUAUGGGAAUUUAUAGGAAUGUGUCUCUGCUUCCAGUUUAACAGUUGCCAGAAGAACUGUGCCUCUCCCAAAACUGAUUUUGAUCUAAUGACGUGCAAGUUGUAGUCAUAACCUCGCCAUACAUGUAGGACUUAAGAAAAAGAAAGGACAAAAGUCAGAUUUUUCAAACAGAAGCAAGAUGGGAAGUGUUCAAAUGAGGAAUUCAAGACCCUGCAAACUCUCCUUCCCAGUAUUAAAGAAUGACAUAGGAACUGUGUUAUUCAACAGAAGCCAAAAAAUGAAAAACUACAAUAAAGGACAACAGCAACACAAAUUGAUGAAUAUUCUGUAUUUCCUCCUCUGUAGGAAGAUGAUAUGGCCUUUGGAAAACCUACAAAGUAAGGCAACCCUUCUUUCGUGCAUUAGUUAUUAUGAAUUAUCUUCACUAUUUGAACAGUGGAAAGCAAACUUGAGUUUGCUGUCAGCAGUUGGUUGAUAAAAGAAGCAAGAAUAUUUAUUCAUCAAUUUUUAUUAUUGUCAACAGAGGUUACAGCAGUAUUAUUGCUGCGGAGCGACCGUAGGGAGCGAGCAGCAACAUAAUCAGGAUUUAAGGGAAAUAAUAUAAGGGGCGACGAAUUCUCGAAUUCAUCACUUUUUACCACAAUGCAUUGCAUUUAACCACACUUUUUACCACAAUGCAUUGCAUUUAACCAGAGUGCAUUGCACCACGAACAAGUCAAAUAAAAACACUGGGAACUUUGCAUCGUUCGCUGCCCAGACUCAGAGUUUUCUUUGUAGCAAAUUUUCUAGAUGGUCUUACCAAAUUUAAGACACGCAGGAGUCUUUCAGAUGAGUAUGAUGGUUAACUUGGGGAUUGGAUUUCAAUUCAAGAGCCUUUGACUCGUCCAGGUGUUAAACCUGACGAGAAGAUGAGUAUUUGCUCUUCGACUCCGCAACACGGGGGAUAUACAAAUUCCAGCUUGCUAGAAUGUGAUGUGAAAGUGAGAAAAUGUCGUGCCAUGCUAUUCUUAAGAACCUGUAUGAGCCGAAAAUGGAUGUGAUUUUGACCAUUCGCUUCAACAUAACAGCGGAAAUCGAGAUAACAAAACAUAUGUUUUGUGUCCUACGUUGCAGACGAGGACGUGUAUCGGCGUUUUGAAAAGCAUAAUUAUGUUCUUUCAUUCAUUCAUUGCCAUGGAUUGGAAUAUGCGUUUACAUUGCUUUUUUUGCUCGAUUAAUGCGGCUGGCGAUCAUCUUGCCGGCAGAAGUUUCACGGAAAAGGAAUUAAAUUAAAGACUUUUCCCAAAAUUGCGUAAUCAGUCUCUGUAGUGUAGUGGUGAAAUGUAGUCGAGUCAAGCCGAUGGUGCCAGGUUCGGGUCCUACCGAACUCUUUUUUUCCUUCUUUCUUUUUUUUUUCUGUUUUUUGUGUUGUUGUUUUCUAUAAAUAUAUAGCUAAAUAACUGUUACUUAAUAAAGUGCAAUAAACAGCAAGAAAAGUAUCAUGUUUCCAGAGAAAAGAUAGUACACCCUAUAUUAAAUAUAUGGAUAAACAAUCUGAAUUUCUAUCAUUUCCUACAAUUUACUGUGGGAAAACCAGAGUUGAUAACCACUUGAUCAUUUUUUAAACAACGUUCCCACAAGUUCUUUAUAUAGACUGAUAGUAAUUAUUCUAGUACGUACUUUCCAACAUGUAAAUAGGACAUUCAAUGUCAUUUUCGAUUCUUUUAAGUCCCACUGCCUAACUAAUGGCAGUAUCAACAGAAUGUACUGCAGCGUUACUAUCUUUUAGAUACCCUAGUUAUUGUUAUAUCAUGUGACCUUGCAACAGAUAAUGGAAGCAAGUGACUGUUCUUGAGGCAAACAAGCUAUAUAUAUUUAGUCCAGCAAAAGUGUGAAGUUUACAAAACAGCUGACAAUGAACAUGAUAAUGUGAAAUGAAGUUGAUAAAACAAUAAUGUUUGAUGCAAUUACCUGGUAUACAGGUUCUGGCGUUUAAAUCCAGCAAAAGUGUCAAGUAUGCAAAACAGCUGGGACAUAGCCAUCUCAUCUGCUUCUGAGCAAUACAAACACAGAAUGGUAAAGUUAGUUUUUAAAUAAUUUAUACUUAAAUUUUAUAAGAGAGACAUACAUGUUGUAGGUAUCAUCAUCAUCAUCAUCAUCAUCAUUAUCGUCUUUAUCAAUAUCAACAUCAUCAUCAUCAGAUCAUCAUCAGAUCAUCAUCACCAUCAUCAUCAUCAUCAUCAACAAAAAUAUCAUUAUCAUCAUUAACAUGAUAAUUAUCUUUAUCAUUGCAACUGAUGAUACAGUGCAUACAUGGUGUCAAAUUUCUGAGUGUUUGUUUAUUGCUGCCUAUUUAUUCUGCCUUUUGCUCUGUACAGCACAACCUCUGCUGUGACAACUGCCACUCCCAUGUAGCCAUGGCUCUGAAUUUGAUGCAGUACAACAGGUCAUCAUCCUGGAAUAUGGUCAAGCUGUGUUUCUUCAUGUUGAUUUAUGGCAAAUUCACCAGGUAUUUCGUUGAUAAGUCAUGUCCACUGUGAUCAAAAAUAGCUAGCGCAUACCUGUGAUCAAUCCCAUCUUUUUUUCGAAGACACAAACAAUGUACUUGAUCGCCAAACAGCUAAAGAACAAUUCGAUUGUUCGUUAAUAUUAAUAAUGAAGUUUUACCUUUUUCUAUAAAAUUCUAACAUUAUUGUUGUUGAUUUUGACUUGCAGUUUGGGAGGAUUCCUGAAGACAUGGGUUCCUUUCACUGUAAUUGCAGUUGGAAUUAUUCUCUUAAUCAUUCUACUGUGAUCAUUCUUCCACUUCCCUGGUGUACAUCAAUAAAUUAAUUAUUAUUGCACUUGUAGGUAUCAUGACCAUAAUUAUAGUGAAAGCAUUGUUGUCCACUUUUAUAUAACGUGUACAUGCAUAUUAUGUAUGGCUGCAGGAGUUAAAAUAAGAAUUUAUUUAGACAAGAUUUGUUCAUGUUCAAACUGUCUUUGACUACAAAUCCAAAAAUGUUAAUCAACAAGUUGCCCAUCAUCAGCUGACAGGAGCCAGUGAGCAAGCUCUCCACUAGGGUGACAGUCACAAGAAAUCAUGCAAAAGCAGAAAAGUGUGAGGGUUUGCAACGGUGUUUGAUAAAUAAUUUAUUUUCAUUUCUUGCCCUAAAUUGAGAUCUUGCUCACAGGCUAAGCUGACAGCUUUUGAUUGGUUUCAGUGUAUACCACAAUCUUCUCGGUCCAUUGCUAAUCUAUUUUCUUACCACUGGAAACAAAUCAGCAAGUUUUAUGGUAGAGCUUCAUUAAACUUCUAGAAACAACUGAACUGCAUAGCUGUACCAAAGAGUAGUAGUGGUAAUUUUCUUGUGGUGGUAGUACACUUUGCAAACGUUUCGUCUUUGAUUUGAAGAGUAGGAUUUCAAUUCAAUUAUUAUUAAUUAUUAUUAUUUUUUAAUUUUUUUUAUUAUCAUUAUUUUUUUAUGUAAUUAGUGUGCUUUAAAUGUCAGUUCACUAAAUUAUACAUGCUGCACUGGCUAGAGUGUCUGACAGUUAAUAGCUUAGAACACUAGUACAGUAAAAACCCGUGUAUAAGAACCUAGAAUUUAAGAACCUGUUAGGCUAAAAUUUCCACUUUAAACCCCCUUUUCAUAAGAACCUAUUUAGGCUAAAGUUUUUUAAAUAGGUUCUUAUUUUGCAAAAAUGAAGGCACAGAUGAAAAUACAGAAAAAAUCAUUUUAAGUUUAGGUGUUAGUCAGUAAGAUUCAAAAUGUAACACUACAGCAUUUUAUGGACACUGUGAGCAUGAAAGACAUGCAUGCUAAUACUUAGGAAAGAUAAAUUUACUGUAAGGUUAUCAUGUAAACUGUAUUCUGGAUAAUUAUUUAACACAGCAAUAUAUUCCAUAUCACAUAAUUUUGCCUUGUAGUAGUUAUCUGUGCUGAUCGCUAGUGCCCCUAUCGAAUUGAGAACCUAUUUUUAGGCUACUUAGUUUCUUAAAAGAACCUAAGUAGCCUAAAAUCCCACUAAAUACCAUUUCUAUAAGAACCUAUUUAGGCUAAGUUGGAAAAAUCUAGGUUCUUAUAUGCGGGUUUUUACUGUACAACUGUAGUAAAGAGUUAAUUUUAAAAAGAUGAUAUUGAAUUAUGAUUUGUAGUUUUGGGUGCAAUUACCGUAAAAUUCUGAAAAUAAGCCCCAGGGCUUAUAUUUUUCAAAGGCCCCUUUUUGAGGGGCUUACACUUGGAGGCGCUUAUGUACGUAGGGAAAUUUGCGUUUAAAAAUCGAUUAAGCUAGCCUUAUUCUUGGUAGGAAAUUUACCGUUUUUGCUUUGUUUUACUUUGUAUUUGAGGGCAAUUUCCAAGUACGAGCCCCCUGGGGGGCUUAUAUUUGGAGGGGCGAUUUAACAGAGGAUUUUUGUGCGUUACGAGUUUGGGGGGCUUAUAUUUUGAUACAUGCAGGGGAUUAUUUUCGGAAUUUUACGGUAUGCUGUAGAUUGAUCAAUUUUGCUGUCCAUAGAAGUUUAGAACCUUAUCCUGAAUGACAGGUGUGCAAGGGGAAAAGGCAAGGGAAGAGGGAGAGAGAGAACUUCUUUCAUCCCCUCUCCCCACCCCUAUCAUUUUUUUUCCUUUUGACUUUUCUAUGUUCCGUUUCCACUAUCUGAGCGGCAUCAUAAGAAUCUGAUCAGUGAGGAUCCGAUAAUCAAGAGUAAUUCUAGAAAUGUUAUCCAAACUUUUAAAACUGACCUAAGUCCUUUUUCUAUUGAUUUUAAAAAAUAAUAACAUUUACUAUGCGUUUUUGACCAAGCGUGAGGUCAAGAUGGCUGGAUAUCGGCCAAGUUAUUUAUUUCGUUUUUAUAUACCGAGACGAAGCAAUAACAUGCAACAGGGUGUACAAACAGACGCAACAUGUUACAUCAAACAAUGUUGGAAGUUGUUGGCCAACAAUGUUGCAUCCGUUUACAUGGGGCUUAACUAAUCGACCAACCCAUGCAGAGAUUAGAUAAUCCUCCCAAAUCGGCAAUUUAAGGGUCUGCUAUACUCUACCAGUGGUCUGUCUUGACCUCUUCAUAGGCUGCGUGCCAAUGGUGUUAUGUGUGCGUUUUUUGUGGUUGUUUGUUGGUUUGUGUUGUAAAUUUUUGACAAGCUGGGAUGCCCAAGGAUAGGAACAAAUUAGCGGAACAAUUUAAAGAAAACA